CACAGACAUGCGAUUGGUUGAAAUUCUUGAGUCAUGAGUUGUUGGUUGCAAUCUUGGAUCCCUUUUGGGAAUGAUUCUUUUAAAAUUUUAUGAUUAUUCUCUUACACAUUCGAAUUAUUUUGCUUAAUAUUAAACAUGUCAGGUAGUAGUGAUUCGGAAGAAUUUUAUGAUGCUGAGGAUAACACACCCUUCAAAACACUCAGGCGGUUGAAGACCAGCCACUCUUCUUCCAAAGCUGUUCAUGAAGUUAUAAGUACUACCUGUGUGGAGAAUAAAAGUGAGAAUGUGCCAGCCACCGAAACCGUUGAGAGCCAUAAGAUGAAAUCAACAGUUUUAACUUCCACUGUUAGUUUAUCCUCCAGCUAUAGCGAAAAUCAGGUAAUUGAGAAGAACCAGCAUGGCAGGAGGAGGUUCAUGGAAAUACGCCAGAGGAUACAGACUGACGACGAGGAAGGAGGUGGUGGUGGUAGUGGGGUGGCUGGAGGGGGAGGGGGAGUCAGCAACUCGUCACCUCCCAACAGUCACAGCUCGUCGAUGGAUGGAAUCAUUUCGGGCCCAGACACUGGCAAGAGCAGCCACCCAUUCCGCAUCAUUGAGCACGAUGCUGUCAGCUUGCAGAGUAUGACUUCGCUUGGUAGAGUUGGUCGAAUUCUUAGUGGAGUGCAGGAUACAGGCGGAGGUGGCAUGAGUUUGCAGCAGCGUGACUCAACGGUAAGCAGUUCGCUGAGUGGGUCGACGAGCACGCUGAAGAGUCAGUCGGAGUUCAGGGAGGAGGACGACGUGCUGGAGGAGAGAGAGAGAGACUGUGAGGAGGAGAGGAGGCCAGUGCCGCCUCCCGAGCCGGACGUGAUCGCCAGCACCAAGUCGAGCAGCAACAGUGGUGCAGUGGCCGCCCCACCCCCUGCGGAUCCGCCUGCCGUCGUCCCGGUCGCACCUCCGCGCAAGAAGAAGAAGAGCAAGCCACAACCUGCGCCUGUCCCUAUACUGCCGCUCGACACACAACAUAAUAUUGCAAAGCCAAGUGCAAAUGAGAUGCCAGCCAGAACGAUGACAUGCAGGAGUUGUUCCCUUCCUAGUCCGGCCAGCACCAUUGAGUCUCUCACUAGAGAAUUCGAACACUCGUUGGACAUACAUUCUGCUACUAAAGGACAAUAUGUUGUCAAACCUCAGGAUGAAGAUCAAUCGAAAGCAGAAGGUCCGUCGCAGAGUGAGAUAGAAAGAGUGGAACAGCUGAAACGACAAAUACUCCAGCACCGUGAGAGCUUGAACAUGGGGAGCGCGGUGGACAGAGGUCAUCAUCACCAUUUGGACACCAGCCACGUGCUGAGUGCCAGCUCGAAUGGCAUCGUUGGCAAGUCGUCGCUCAAGCCGUUCGGAUUCAGUCCGCGCAACUCGAGAGAGCGCCGUCGCUCUGCGGGAGACGAACACGGCCUCAUCGCACAGCAGCUCAACAUGUUCGUGCGAACCAGGACUGACUCUGGCAAGCAGUUGUCAGACAUGGAAAUUCUAGAGCAGGUGACAGUUCUGAACCUGGACACGGGCGAGCGAGUGCCGCUGAGCAUAGCCGAAGACAAGCUGCCGCAAUGCAUCAACCCGCUGUCGCUGCACAUCAUGCGACUCACCUCCGAGUACGUCAGCAACCCGAGUCUGGAAAAAGAAAAGGAAUCGGACGAGGAGUCGGUGAUCAGCAAGAAGUCGACGAUUGUCUGCGAAGAGCCCGGUCCGGUCAAACGGAAAACGGCUAAACUGAAGCAGUUCAUGAAGCGAACCGUGAGCAAGGCGAAGACGAUCGCACAAGAGGUGUCGACACACGCGAGGCACCGCGAUGAUGCACUCGAAGUCGUCGACGAGGUCUGUCCGUCGGGUGAACAGUACAUCAAGCUCAAGGCCUCCAACAGCCACAAGGGACCCUACGAAUUCGACUGCUUGCAACAUGUGCAGGACCUGAGCAACGAGCACGUGGGCCCAGUGUGGUGCAUGAAGUUCUCGCAGUGCGGCCGGCUGCUGGCGACGGCCGGCCAGGACCGGGUGCUGCGCAUCUGGGUGGUGCGCAACGCCUACGCCUACUUCCAGGACACGCGCACCAAGUACAACGCGGAGAAGGUGUCGCCGACGCCCAGCCAGGAGUCGCUCGUCUCCCAGCAGUCGUCUUCUGCCGACGACAACGCCGCUCAAGCGGAGAUGAACCCUGACGACCGGUCACCGUUCAUGCCAAAGCCGUUCUGCACAUACACGGGACACACUUCCGACCUACUCGACGUGUCCUGGUCGAAGAACUACUUCGUGCUCUCCUCGUCCAUGGACAAGACAGUGCGUCUGUGGCACAUCUCGCGCAAGGAGUGCCUUUGCUGCUUCCAGCACAUCGACUUUGUCACGGCCAUCGUGUUCCACCCGCGCGACGACCGCUACUUCCUCAGCGGCUCGCUCGACGGAAAGCUGCGGCUCUGGAACAUUCCCGACAAGAAGGUGGCCGUCUGGAACGAAGUCGACGGCAACCCCAAGCUCAUCACUGCUGCCAACUUUUGCCAGAAUGGGAAAUUUGCAGUCGUAGGAUCCUAUGAUGGAAGAUGCAUAUUCUACAACACUGAUCAACUAAAGUAUCACACGCAAAUUCAUGUUAGAUCAACUCGCGGUAAGAAUUCGACAGGACGUAAAAUUAGUGGAAUAGAACCUAUGCCAGAAGAGGACAAAAUUUUGGUCACAUCCAAUGACAGUAGGAUCAGAUUAUACGAUUUGAGAGACCUGAAUCUGUCUUGUAAGUAUAAAGGCUACGUAAAUGUCAGCAGUCAGAUAAAGGCAUCGUUCAGUCACGACGGAAAAUACAUAGUAAGCGGAUCCGAGAAUCAGUGCAUUUACAUAUGGAAAACACAUCAUGAUUAUUCUAAAUUCUCGUCGGUUAGAAGAGAUCGCAACGAUUAUUGGGAGGGUGUGAAGGUGCACAAUGCUGUUGUGACGUGCGCUGUGUUCGCCCCAAAUCCAGACGUAAUAAUCCAGCAGAUGGAGGAACCGGAGCCGGAGCCAUCAGCACAAGGCUAUGUGCUGGUCAGUGCAGACUUCAAUGGCGGCAUCAAAGUCUUUCUCAACAAGACCAAACCCAAGCACAGCAGUUUGCCGGCGUCGGCUCUCAUUUAGCAAACCCCAAGCACAGCAGUCUGCCGGCGUCGGCUCUCAUUUAGCAAACCGACACACCAAACCACAAAAACAAUAAUUAUAUCUGUGAUAAUAAUAGAUAGGUACCAAAACAAUACUGUAUAGUCUUUUAGAGAACUACUGUGUAUAUUUUAAACAGAGAAUAUUCUCGUUCAUUAAAAUGAACACUAGUUUUAAUGAACCCAAUUAU